GGGGUCCCUCACCCGGACCAGCAUCCUCUUCCCGCCCCCUCCUCCCGCACUGGCGCAUCGGGACCCUUUCCAGAAGUGGAACCGAGGGACGCCAGAGUGUGUGUGUGGGGAGAACACUCGGUGGGCGCCCACGUGACAGACAGCCCCCGGGGCGUCCCGCAUUUGCAGGGAAUAUGGGCGUGCUCAGGGCAGGUCUGUGCCCGGGCCUCACCGAGGAGAUCGUCCAGCUUCUGAAGGGCCGAAGGAUCAAGACAGUGGCGGACCUGGCAGCUGCUAACCUGGAGGAGGUAGCCCAGAAAUGUAGUUUGUCCUACAAGGCCCUGGUUGCCCUGAGGAGGGUAUUGCUGGCGCAGUUCUCGGCUUUCCCAUUAAAUGGAGCAGACCUCUAUGAGGAACUGAAGACUUCCACUGCCAUCCUGUCCACCGGCAUUGGGAGCCUGGACAAACUACUUGAUGCUGGCCUCUAUACUGGAGAGGUGACUGAAAUUGCGGGCGGCCCAGGUAGCGGAAAAACCCAGGUAUGUCUCUGUGUGGCUGCAAAUGUGGCCCACAGCCUGCAGCAGAAUGUACUGUACGUCGAUUCCAAUGGAGGAAUGACAGCGUCCCGCCUCCUCCAGCUGCUACAGGCUAGAACCCAAGACGAGGAGAAACAGGCAGGUGCUCUCCGGAGGAUACAGGUGGCGCAUGUGUUUGACAUCUUCAGGAUGCUGGAUAUGCUGCAGGACCUACGGGGCGCCAUGGCCCAGCAGCAGGCGACAGCUUCUUCAGGCACUGUGAAGGUCGUGAUUGUGGAUUCUGUCACCGCAGUGGUCACCCCACUUCUGGGAGGUCAGCAGAGGGAAGGCCUGGCCUUGAUGAUGCAGCUGGCCCGAGAGCUCAAGAUCCUGGCCCGGGACCUGGGUGUGGCAGUGGUGGUGACCAACCACUUGACCCGAGACAGAGAUGGAAGGAGGUUCAAACCUGCUCUGGGACGCUCCUGGAGCUUUGUGCCCAGUACCCGAAUUCUCCUGGAUGUCCUUGAAGGGGCUGGAACAUUAGGUAGUAGCCAACGCACAGUGUGUCUGACCAAGUCUCCUCGCCAGCCCACAGGUCUGCAGGAGGUGAUAGACAUUGGGACUCUGGGGACUGAGGAGCAGAGCCCAGAACUGCCUGCCGAACAGACCUGACACUGUUGAUUGGACAGCGUUCUUGCCCGUCAGCUGCUGGUCACUGCCACUAGGGACCUGGCAGUGUGGGUGUCAGGCUUGUCGGAGACAAGCUUCAGUUUCCUCAGCUUCACUCUGUGGGAUCUCACGGAGCCACUGGCCAGAGGACGUGGCAGUGGGGAACUGGGGGGGAUGGGCCUAGAAGUCCAUCGUGGGCUCAAGUUUUCUUCCUUUGUGUCCACCAUUUGUCUCUAGUGGGGGUUGAGGUCAGCCUAGCUUGGGGCGUCUCUGAAGAAUCACAGUCGUGACUGGAUGAAUAGCUUCCUGGCCCCGUGUGUCAACAUCCAUCACACAGUAAUUGAGCCAGGAAGCCUUCAUCCCACCCAUCCCCAUUUAUUUGGGCCUCUGUUUUCCCACCUGCAAGAUGGGACUUCUUUUGUCUCUGAGUUACUCAGUAGAAACAACCUCAGAAAUAUGAAGCUCUUUCUAUAUGUCCCUCUCUUAAAAAUAUAUAAAAAGGAAGUCCCCUGAGCCCUAGAGCCAGCUGAUUUUCCCCAAGAAGGUUGUUUUUCAGUUCCUGCGGUGGGACUCUCAGAGAAUGAGUUCUUCCCUGCUUGCUGACUGGGUUUCACACACCUGCGUACAUCACCCUGAUAGGUGAGAACAUGGGCUCGCUGCUGUCCCAGGGAUAUAAUUUACCAGGGAGGAAGGAUAUGACCUGCUCCCAGUGAACCAGACACUUGUUUCGUAUGCAUGGUGCCCUGUGGGGCUCUUCCUCAGUAUAGAGUAACCAGAGGGGCUGAACCGUGGCCUGACCCAUAAACAGACAGAGGAGAAUUUGCACAGUAAAUAGAACCAGCUGGGAAAAUUGAUGCUGGUAUAAAUAAUACAUGGCAAAUCUAGUCUUUUAUACAGAAAUUCAUUGCUGGUGGCUCUAAGAUGCAGUGUAAUUACACCUCUCGUCCUGCCAGCUGUACCACAGCCUCGUGUCUUAGUGAAUAAAAUAACCCCCUGUCUGUUACCAACACUGUGGCCAUCCAUCUGAGAGUCGUAACUCUGGCUCAGAGGGGAGGAUGGUACCAGGGAAUGGAAAAUAAAAGAUGGAGUAAAGAAAUGAUCAGGAUUGUUUACGGACCACAUUUUU